AUGUCAUCGUGGUGGUCUAGAUCAUCUAGCAGCAGCAUUAGUAUUUACGAAAAGUACUGGAAAAAUGAUUGCAUAAACAAAUAUGGUGUAUAUAAAAAUGAUAUUGAGCAACGAAUUAAUAAUUUUAAUAAUCGUAGGCUUACACCUUUCAAGCAACAAUGGGACAUAUUAAAUAAUUAUAUAAGAAAAAAAAAUGAUGAGAUAACAGAUUGUGUUAAUAAAAAAUAUAUAUCAGCUGAUUUUUAUGCAGAUAAAAGUAUAAAGUAUUUUAGUGAAAGAUGUCGUAAUGAAUCUACUUGUCGUCAUAAUCCAGUAACUUCUGUUAAAAAAGCUCGUGCAUCACAAAAAGAAACAAAAACAACAUGUAAAGGGGGAGUGGAAUGUAAUAAACAAUUAUCAUCAAAACAACCAGCAAAUAGUAAAUCACAAUUGAGUGUUGCACAAGAAGACCCUAAACCCAAAAGUCCUAAAGUACAUGCAUCUACAGAACAAGGUCGCAAACAUGCUAAUCUACAAGAAUCACAACAAGAAAUUGAAAAUGUAGAAGCAAAGCAAGACAUAAAACCUUCUGGUAAUUUUGUUGUUUCUGAACCUGCAACAUCUGAACCAAAUUUUAAUUCUAAUUCUAGUCCAUCUGGAGAAUCGGAAAAAAAGGCACAAUCUUUACCUGUCUUAGCGAAUCCAGCAAAUAAUGAAUUAGGUACUGGUUUAAAGGAUUCUGCUUCUCAAAAUCCCCCUGAAGGAGAAUCUGAUUUGUCUGAUACUCCUAAAGUAACGAAUUUACUUAGAAGUAAUAUUCAAAGUGGUCCUAAUAGUGUACAAGUUGUUGACAAUGAAACCGCUGCAAGUCAUUCUAAUGGUCAUCUAAACCCUGUUUCUAAUUUUUCUUGUCCUGGCUAUUCUCAUGAAGAACCUAUCGGUGCUCCGUAUAUUUGUCCUAGAACUGCUGAUAGGGUAAAUUAUACUGAAGAAAGUACCGAUAAAGAAGCUACUCCUGAUGGAGGUGCUAUUCUUGGAAUUGUUGAUAAUUUAGGUAUUACUGAUUCAAGUGUUCUUAGUAGAGGUGAUGAUGCUGAUCUUGAUGAGUAUAGAUCUACCCCUAAACAAGAUGUUUCUGUUAUGAGUUCAGAAUUUCCAGAUCCUGAUCAUAAAACUACUUGUCGAGAAGGUGCUACUUCUUCGGAAACUGAUAAUGGAACACCUUGUAAUGCAGAAAAUGGUAGUGGAUUAGUUACUGAUAAUGGUAAUAUAUCCGAUAUUUUUGGUAAAAUUUUUGAAGCAAUAUCAAAUAAAGAUCAUAUCAUAAAAACUUCAAUACCCAUAGGAAUUGUUCUUUUAUUGGGCCUUCUUUUUAAAUACACUUCUUUGUGGAGGAUUCUUACUAAGAAUAAAAGGAAAGAACCAGUAGAUAUGAACGAAGAAUUACACACUGUUCUGCAAGAAGCUUCAAUUAUGGAUGAAGAAAGAAGUAUCCCAUUUUCAUAUAGUGCUUUUGAAUAUUCAUCAUAGCGCUAAAUAUUCAUAU